UUCUCCGAUCGAAAUUUCUUGAACGAAUCCACAAGUUUUCUAGAAAUUUCCGCUGCAUUUCUCGAUUUCUCGUGGAGUUUUUUUUUCCGUUUGGUGAUUGAAGAAGAGAGCUGAAAAUCUAGGGUUUCGAAGAUGGAAAUGGGACCUAUGAGUUUCGAUUUCACUGAGAUUUGGGACUCGUACUCUGAUUAUCCCACCGGAAAAGUAGCUCCGGUUCGUUCGUAUGUUACCGAGGUCGACGAAGAGAAGAUCAGAGACAACUACGCGUUUUUAGAUUCCGUUUUGAAAGACAACAAAUCUGAGUUUGUUCUCCACGCGAAACGUCUCUUAGCCGGAGAAGAUGAGGAAUCCAAGAGAAUCGAAGCGUUGAAGCUUCUUACUGCUUGUUGUAGUUACGAUUCGGUUAAGUGUGCUUCGUCAAUCAUCAACGGAGAUGUUGGAUCGGUUCCGUACAUCAACGAUGUGAGUGACGAUACAGGACUCUCGCCUCUUCACACGGCGGCUGAGUCUCACGCGCCACUGUGUGUUGAGAUGCUUCUGAAACGACGAGCUCGUACUGAUAUGAGAAGCAAAGAUGAACGCGCUUUGAUUCCUCUGGAGCUAUCUCUCUCUAAUGGCAGCAUUGAUGUGACAUGGAAUCCCACUAGUGACUCAAUUAGAGACUUGAUCUUCUUGCUUGGUGACAAGGACAUGACUGUUGUGAAAAUGCUUGCUGAGAAGACAAAGGAAGUGGACGCUGUGGCUUAUGUGUAUGCCAAGGCUGGUGAGAUUGUUUCUUUGACUUCAUUGCUGAUUGUAGCACCUGAGAAGAUUAGAGAAGCAAAUGUAGCAUUACAGGAUGAUGAUAAUUCUGUGCCAAAGCCGAAAAGAAAAACGAUAUAUGAGGCUGUUAUUCAAGAAGCACUGCGAAGUAAUAGCUCGAUGCAAGGCGCAUGCAGCGAGAAAAGAAUUGUUUUUCUUAGAGAGAUUGAGCUCCUUCAGCUCUUUGGUGCUGCAGUUUUCGUGGAUAAGCAAACCUCACCGCUUAUCUCUAUUGUUCAGGAAGGGGACGAAGCUGUUCUUGAACUGCUUUUAAACACCAAUAUUGAUGUUAAUGAAAUAGAUGCAGAAGGAAAUACUGCUAUUCAAUGCAGCCUGAAGGGAUCGUCUGUGCCACAUAAGCAGCAAACGAGAAUCAUGCAGCUACUUAUUGCACACGGUGCUCGAGUUAACCAAAAGAACAAGUUGGGUUUAUCUGCAAUACACUUUGCUGCUGCAAAUGGAAAUUUAUCUGCACUUGAGAUGCUAUUAUCGGCCAACCCUGACUUGGUUCACAUGAAGACAGUAAUCAAAGAGACACCACUAUUCUUUGCAGUGAAGAAUAACCAUCUUGACUGUGUUGAGUUGCUUCUUCGAUUCGGAGCAAAUAUAGAGAUUCAUAAUCUACGAAAGCAAAGACCAAUAGAGCUGACACAGUCACAAGAUAUACGUUUCCUCCUUAACCCAACAAAUAUCAGUUGCUUUAGCAAAGAAACGGAACUUGCACAGUCACAGAGUGCAGUGCUAACACAAGCAGAUGACGAAGAAACACUUAGACUCCUCGGAAAAUCCGUGCCACCAUGGCUGAAAAAGUUUGUAAAUUGGUUUCCAGGGCACCUCCGAGCUACAUCACAGAACAGGAGAGCUGGAUAUCCGCUCUCAUCGCUCAAAGCUGAUUUCCGCACUAUUUUUGGCCAGGAUAUCGAUCACAGCUCUAUUGGUUUCCCCAAGCUCAGCGACUUCAUUAAAUCAUUUCCAAAACUCUGUGCAAUGAAAGUCGUCCCGCUAGGUAAACUUGGAGAUCCAACACACUGGGUGCUGUUACCUGCCAAAUCCAAGAGCUCUCGGGUCAAAGGAAGACCUCCCGAGCCACUCAUUAUCAAUACGAAUGACUCUGUUGCUUCUCCCAACAAACCAAAAGCCUUAUCAGUUCCUCCAGGUUUUAACUUCAUACAAGAAGCAGAUGCCUCUAAAACCUUCAAAGCAACACCAGAACCUCAACCUCAACCUCCUCCCUUGGUUGCAUCUUACAACAGCAGACAUCAACUACAACAUCCGGUUCUGGAGACACUUACAAGGAUCAGAAACAACACUUCCGUAUUCUUUCUUCGUGAGUUCGACUUUUAUCAAAGCUAUGAGACAUGUUUAAAGGAAGGGAUGUGUUUCUGGUGCAACAAGAACAUGCUUCUAUGGGCAAACUUCCCAUGCCGACACAAACUUUGGUGCAGCUCUUGUAAACAACAGAUUACUCAAUCUAUUCUAGGAGAGAAGAGCCUUGACGAGAACCAUCACAGGUGUGUGAUCUGUGAUGCAAAAGUGGAACGUUUCGUCUUGUCUCCACCGUCUGAAUCCGAUCACCAUAGGCUUUCAAGUGGUCUCCCUAACAACGCCGAAUUAGCCACUUCAUUCCUUCAAUUCCUCAGCAUAAGGAAUUCCAUGAACAAGAUGAUGAUACAUCGUGAGAUAUAAACAAAGGAACUAACACAACAACUUCUUCGUAUGUG